AUGGCGACCGGCUUGCUCCUUUUCACAUGCCUGCUGUCCAUCGGCCAUGCCUCCCCAGAAUUCGACACAGAAUUCGAAGAAGAGUGUCGCUUGCCCAACUACUUCAAGUGCGAAAGUGGAGAAUGUGUCCAUCCACAGUUCCAAUGUGACGGUAAGGUUGAUUGUGUAGACGGCUCCGAUGAGGAAAACUGCAUGAAUAGGGAGUGUGACAACCCCGACGAUUUCAAGUGUUGUAGAAGUGGAGAAUGUGUUCCACAAUUGUGGCAAUGUGAUGGUGAUGAUGAUUGUGAAGACGAUUCAGAUGAGGAAGAUUGCAUAAACACUGAGUGUUACUUCCACGACGAUAUCAAGUGUGACAAUGGAAAAUGUGUUCCACUAUACCGACAAUGUGAUGGUGAUUAUGAUUGUGAAGAUGGUACAGACGAGGAAGACUGCAUAAACAAAGAGUGUUACUAUCCCGACUAUGUCAAGUGUGGAAGUGGAGAAUGUGUCCCUCCACAGUUACAAUGUAACGGUGCGGACAAUUGUGAAGAUGGUACAGACGAAGAAAAUUGCACAAACAAAGAGUGUUACUACCCCGAAUAUUUCAAGUGUGACAGUGGCUGUGACAGUGGAGUAUGUGUUCCACCAUACUGGGAAUGUGAUGGUGAUUAUGAUUGUGAAGAUGGUACAGACGAGGAAGACUGCAUAAACAAAGAGUGUUACUACCCAUUUUAUUUCAAGUGUGGAAGUGGAGAAUGUCUCCCUCCAGAAAGGCAAUGUGACGGUUUUGAGAGUUGUGAAGAUGGUUCAGAUGAGGAAGACUGCAUAAACAAAGAGUGCUACUACUCCGACUAUUUCAAGUGUGAAAGUGGAGAAUGUUUCCCUCCAGACAGUCAAUGUAGCGGUCAGGAAGACUGCCAAGACGGUUCAGACGAAAACAAUUGCACAGUGUGUCCCUUGCCUAACUAUUUCAAGUGUGAAAGUGGAUCAUUCUGUGUCCCUUUAAACUUGCAAUGCGACGGUACGGAAGUGUGUAGAGACGGUUCAGAUGAGAAAAACUGUCAAAACAGAGGGUGUGACAGCCCCGACGUUUUCAGAUGUGACAGUGGGCGAUGUUGUACCAUGACGAGUGGUAUCCGCCCAGAGUGGCAUUGUGAUGGUGUCCCUGAUUGCCGCAAUGGCUUAGAUGAAGAAGGUUGCACAGCCAAUGAUUGUCCCUCGCCCAAGUUUUUCUGUGGACACCGUGAUCACUGCAUCGCUGGCACAAAGCGCUGCGAUGGCGUCGGUGACUGUUACGACAGGUCCGAUGAGAGUGGCUGUGUGUGUACCACUGUGGAGUUCCGAUGUGCAAACAGCAGCAGAUGUGUAGCACCAUCUGCAGUGUGCGAUGGCGUCAUCGACUGUGAUGAUGCAUCGGACGAGUUGCUGUGCCAGUCUUGUGCAGAGAGGGGACUGUGGCAGUGUGAGAGCGGUGAAUGCAUCCAGAACGCCUGGGUGUGUGACGGUGACAAGGACUGCUCUUCUGGAACAGACGAGAAGAACUGCCACACUCCCUGCCACGGUCUCCAGUUGGAGUGUGACGGGGGAUGUCUGCCGAGGUACCGCGCCUGUGACAGGGUGACGGACUGUUCCAACGGGGAGGACGAGAUCAACUGUACAGACAGAGGUUGUGGUGCCCAGCAGUUCUACUGUGCAGACGGGACGUGCCUGUUGGAGUCUCAGCUGUGUGACAACCUGACGGACUGCAGUGGAGGGGAGGAUGAGGAAGACUGUGGAGAUGUUCCACCUCCUGGAUUCCCACUUGGUUUGACCAGUCGGUACCUUCCCGAUGUGUAUGUCACCGCCAGCUCCGAGUACAAGUCAGAGUUCGCCCCAUUCCAGGCUCGGCACACACCGACAACUGUACCAGGAUACUGCUGGGUACCGAGUUCUGUGGUGGACCAAUGGUUUCAGGUUUACCUGGGCAAGACGACUGACGUCACAGGGGUGGUGAUCAGUGGAGGUGGCUCGAACUGGGACCUGGGCAGCUGGGUGACGUCAUUUACUCUGGCCUUCAGCAUGGACGGCGCUUCGUGGGCACCUUACGUGGACAGCAGCGAUGACGUUCAGGUUUUCCAAGGAAACCGAGACAGGUACAACAAAGUGAGCCGUUCUCUCUCAGCUCCUGUGACGUCACACUACGUCCGUCUAUACCCGGCAGGCUAUGCGGGCUGGGUUGCCAUGGUGAUAGAGGUGUACGUCACAAACGAGGAAAACACGUGGCUGAAGCAGGACCAGUACGUCCCACUGGGAGUUGGACUUGAUCCCGACGAUCCCGCUGCGGCUCCGAAGGUUCCCGACCUCGCCGUGAGCGCCUCAUCGCGAAGGGACGACUUCUACCCGUGGCAGGCACGACUGAACAGCGGGAAGGGACAGCAGCAGGGGGCGUGCUGGUCUCCGGCUCUGCGCACUGACACAGAACAUUGGCUGCAGAUUAAGCAUGACAGAGUGUACGAAGUUGCCGGUGUCAUCACCCAGGGGGCAUACAACAUGGACUACUUGGUCACGUCGUACAAGCUUGCGUUCUCUAUAAAUGGAGAGUGGACAAUAUACAGCGCCAAGGACAGCAACGAAAUGGUGUUCCAAGGGAACAGCGAUAGCCACCGGUAUGCUCGUAACAUGUUGGACCACCCAACUUUUGCACUCUACACUCGCUUCUACCCACUCAGCUUCAAAAAUCGGAUUGCACUGAGGGUCGAGAUUCUCGUCAUAGAUGGAGUACCCAAACACUGCUUUUUCACCUGCGGUGACAACGUCACCUGUCUGCCGACAAGUCAGCUGGGGGACGGGCGUCAGGACUGUGCUGGUGGCGAGGAUGAAAGACCCAGUGACAUUGAAGAGGUCAUGAGACACGUGUGGGGGUCCUGCAGGUACAACUGCAGGUCUGUCUACGGUAACGCGUCAUGCGUUCCUGACGCGUUCGUCUGUGACGGUGACGCGGACUGUUCGGAGGGAGAGGACGAGCAGGGCUGUGAGGAUAAAGGCAGCAACCUUCCAGACUGCGGGACGUUCUACUGCAGCCUGCCCGGCUCUGCGGACCUGUACUGCGUGCACGGUCAUCUGAUCUGUGACGGAUACCCGGACUGUGCGGUAGGGGAGGACGAGCGGGGAUGCGGCGGUAACCCGCCGGACGGCAUGCCUACUCAAGCCGCCACCACGCCGAGCAUCGAGCCGACCGCAGAAACGACAAUUGCUCACCAAGGAGCGAUCCAAGACCAAACAGGGCUCUAUGAAGCAAGCUGUGGACCCCAGGACCAGGCUAUGAUCUGGGUGACAGCCGCUGCACUGGGCAGUCAGAUUCUGUAUCGCAUAGCUGUCUAAUUAAUACAAGGUCUCGGCAGUAGGAAACCAAACAAAUUGUUCGGAAAUCCCCACAACAAAUGUAAAGUAAAGAAAUAGCACAAAAUCGUUUGUUUUUUUAGAAACACGACAUGUGUUUAUUCGUUAAGCCACAGCAAGUCAUUUUUAUGGAUG